AUGGCUUUCCCAGCGGACCCGGCGCAAUGGCAAGAAGAAAUUGCCGCCUCCGACCUCGGAGGGCAGUCGAUCCACGAUGGCGAGUUUACCGCGUCCGCGUCCAAAGCCACCUGGGACCAGUUCCUGCUGCUGCGUGCCCUUUACAUUAAUGAUAAGCCGAAAUCGGCUUCUCUGCUCGACGAGGGUCCGCUUUUGGACGAUAGCGGCUAUAUCCAAGACGCAAAAACGGCCCUCCAGGACAAGGACACCAGCAACGCCACCGGGUAUUUCCAACUUCUCGCCGCCAACCCCCAGGGCUUGAACGGCGACGACGACGACGACGAUAACGACGGCGUGAUGGCGUAUUAUGCACCGCCCACUCGCUCCGAUGCUUGCGGCGGGUCCGACACUGGCAACAUGUCGGCCAUAGUUAACAGAAGCUUUCCCGAAACGCCCACGAGAACCCGCGACGCCAUGGAUGUUGAUGUUGCCGGGGAUGCACCGGCAUCAUCGCCCGACAGCGGCAGCAGCGUGGCAUCGCCACCCCGCAACCGCAUUCUUUUCGCCCCAGUCAGCCCUGUGCCUGUCACGGCGGAGGAGGCCAAGCAGCUCAAAGCGGGAUUAGACGAGCAGAUCGUUAACAGCGCCCUCGUCAUGUUCCUCAUCGCCAUUACCAUCCACCACAAGGGGGUUAAAGGCGCGUGGUCGCCCCACCGCCAUCCUUUUACCAUUUACACUGGCCAACCCUCGCGCGAAAACAAGAUUUUCACAGCCGUCGUCGAUGGGAGGCUGAGAUAA